AUGCAGAGUGGACAGCAGCAAGAUGCGCUCAGCCAAGGCGGCUGGUAUGUACCUGCGCUGCUUAAAGCCAUGUCUCCCACUCUUCCAACGUCGCAGCAUCAUCUCAUCGCACUUGUGACACCGUCAUCUUGGAGUCUAGCAGCCGGCCAUGGGUCUUCCUACAGAGGUACUGCAAGCCUGGGAGGCUUGCGACCGCACCGACACUCUCUUCGUGUUGGUCUGCUCAGUCUUCUGCUGGGGAAUCAUACCAGCAGUAGGCAUUGCGUACAGCGGAUACACUACACGGUCCAACUCACUCGCGGCAAUCAUGCCUGCCAUUCUUUCUGUCAUUGUCUGCUCGAUACAGUGGUUCCUGAUCGGGUACACGUUGACGUACGGCGAAGGCGGCGCCAUCUUCGGAGACUUCAAGUAUGCAUUGCAUAAAGGAGUGCUGGCAGAGCCUGUUGGAACCAUACCAGCCGUGCUCUUUAGCUUUUUCCAGCUAGUCUUCCAAGCCACGGUCUGCGCGAUUGCCGUUGGAGGCGCCUGUGAGCGAGGCCGGAUACUGCCCUUGAUACCAUUCAUCUUCCUAUGGUCAACCUUUGUCUACAAUCCCCUCGCCCACAUGGUCUGGGGCGGAGGCUUCCUCAUGGAUAUCGGCGUUCUCGACUUUGCAGGCGGAACACCUGUACACAUUAACUCAGGAGCAACAGCAACGGCCAUGUCCGUGUACCUAUCCUACCCUCUUUUUCGCUCACGUAAAUCGUCAACGCGAACACCAUCGCAUCUCGUCAUUCACCGUCCUGUCAACUCGCUCUGUCAGUUGUUAGCUAUGAUAAGCAUCUGGGGCUCGUGGCUCGCUUUCGAUGCGGGCACAACCCUAGCUUUCAACUUCAAGUCAGUCAUGGCACUGUGCGUCACGAAUCUUUGCGCCGCGUCCGGAGCGCUGACGUGGAUGCUAUACACGUACAUGGAGGUCGGGCGCUGGAGUCUGGAUUCUUGCUUCAUGGGCGCCAUUUCCGGCCUUAUCAUGAUUACGCCAAGUGCAGGCUUCAUCGAUCUACCGACUGCUUUCUUCUUCGGCAUCCUAGGCGCACUCGUCUGCCGACAGGCACUUCGAAUCAAGUUCACUGACUUUGCGAGACGCUGGCGCUGGGUAGAUCACGGCGACACAUUCGCAACACACUAUAUUGGCGGCAUCCUGGCUACCAUUUCGACAGGCUGCUUUGCUCGAAAAGAAGUUGCAGGUUAUGACGGGGUGACUGAGAUUGUUGGAGGUGUCUUUUUCGAUGGUAAUAUACGACAGCUACAUGUUCAGAUUGUGGAGGCUCUCGUUGGAUUCUUGUGGUCCUUUAUCGGAAGCUACGUCAUGUAUGCGCUGAUUGAUUGCGUACCUGGCUUCGAGGUGCUGGCCGAGGAUAAGGACAUUAUCGCAGGCUUGGAUGCAAGCCAGCUGGACGAAGAAACGCUUUGGACCGAGACGCAGAAGUACUAUCCUUAUGCUGAUUGCGAGGGUGAACUGCACCUUGAUUGAUAGAUUGGAGGUCUAAGAAGGAUAAGUGUGAUACAUG